UUUACUUCCCAAAAAGACGGCGCUUGGAGCCCUGAAGGAUGUGGAGAGCUACGCCCUCACGUCCACCUCAGGAAACUCAGGCCUUUUUCCUCUUCCUCCACAGUGACUGCACUGAACCAGAUUCUCAGCGCUGUAGUGGACUUCAAAUGUACUCACGCCCCGGUCUUGUCCCGUCCUAACCCUCCUCCUCCUCCCGUCUUUCCUCCCUUGUUGGAGUGAUGUAGGGUCAUGAGAAUGGGGAAACACCUUCCAAGGAGACGACACAUGUGCUGUGACAACACGCGUACUUAUGGAGUUCUGAAUGGCAGAAGGACGAUGCUGCGUGAGGUGAACUUGCGUACCGACGUUUCAUCAAACUGAAGCUUUCCGCGUUCUCCUUCCUGUUAUGGCCGCCCUGAGCCUUUGAGCCCUGACCUUUGACCCUGGAGGGGCUGGGAGAACAUGAGGUGCACCACGGUCUGGGCCCUGCUGAUGGGCGUCAUGCUUUACCUGGUGAUGGGAGCGCUCGUUUUCCGCACCCUGGAGGCGCCCAAGGAGAGCUCUGCUUAUGAAGACCUCCUUAAAACCAAACACAACUUCCUUGGUAAUAACUCCUGCGUUACCGAGCUGGACUUCCACAAGCUGGUCAAGGGAGUCGUGUCUGCGGUGGACGCCGGCCUGGAUGUGAGCAGCCUCCCCGCCAACUUCACCAGUCGCUGGGAUGUGGCCUCCGCCUUCUUCUUCUGUGGUACCAUCAUUACGACCAUAGGUUUCGGGAACCUGUCUCCUCGGACGUGGUACGGCCAGCUGUUCUGCGUGUGCUACGCCCUGGUGGGCAUCCCCAUGUUCGGCAUCCUGCUGGCUGGAGUCGGCGACCACAUGGGCACCGUGCUGCGGAGAGCUGUGGCCAAGAUCGAGACGCUCUUCCUGAAGCGUAAGGUCAGACCCACGACUGUGCGCGUCAUCUCUGCGGUUCUCUCCAUCCUGAUUGGCUGCCUGAUCUUCCUCGCUGUGCCGACAGUCGUGUUUCAGAAAGUGGAGGACUGGUCGUUUCUGGAGUCGCUCUACUUCGUGGUCAUCACAUUAACCACCGUCGGCUUCGGAGACUUUGUACCUGGUGGCGGCCGUGAGGGCGGCAUGUUCUUCAAGCCUCUAGUGUGGCUGUGGAUCGUGUUCGGCCUCGCCUACUUUGCCUCCAUCCUCACCAUGAUCGCGAACUGGCUGCGUGUGCUGUCAAAGAAGACUCGAGCUGAGAUGGAGGAGCUGCGGGCCCAUGCCACAGACUGGACCCAGAACAUCCAGAACAUGUCCAUGGACUUCCGCAUCCCAAACCCGCUGGAGUUCAACGACCCGUUCCUUCUGCAGCGCCGGCGCUGGAAGCGCAGCGAGCGCCGCCGCAUCCGCCGCGGGGCCCAGUGCACCCUGGGAUACUACGUCCGGGGGGCAUCCGAGAACGGGCACCUGCCGAACCGCUGGGCCGGCCUCUCCAGCUCCAUGAGCCGGCUGGAGGCCCGCUCGUCUCUGGAGAGGACGCUGGCGGCCAAGGCCGGGCCGCGGGUCGGCGCCGCCGGCGGGGGGGCGGCGUUAAAGGCCCCCGGCCUCGCUCCGGACCUGCCGGCCGACGCCAGGUCCUUUCCUCACCUCCUGGCCCGGUCCUUGUCCCUCCCCGUGGCCCGCUCCGCCUCAGAGCUGGACACGCCCGCCGUGCCAGGAGAAUCCCUGUCUGGGUCCGAGUCGCCUUUCGGCUCCGGGUCCGACGGUUCCUCGGUCUCCUUGUCCCUCGAGCCGUUCGCCCAGUUCCGCCAGUGUCACACCGCCAGCGGCAUGGAGGAGGGCGGAGCGCGGGCCUCAGGGCCCGACGCGGCGCAACAGAACGCGGACCCGAGUCCAGAGGAGCACGCGGCGCCUGAGGCAGGAGACGGCGUCCAGCCGGCGCCCGCUCCUCACCGGCCUCGACUCGCCUCCGCCCCCUCUCCCAAGCCCUGCUCCCUGCACUCCGUCCUCCUGCCCUCCCACCCCCUCAACGUGGCCUCCUCCGCCAGCUGCCAGCUGCUGGACUUCUUCGGGGAGAACCUGGCGUACAUCGACGAGUCCUCGGACACGCUGAGCGACCGCGCCCCCGCGGCGGCGAGCGAGGAGCGCAGGAGGCGCCCGCGGAAGCCCAAGAGGAGGAGCCUCCGGACACAGCCCCCGCAGCAGCAGGCGAGGAGGCCCCGGAGCGACAUGCAGCCGCCCUCCAACCCCCCCACACCCCCCCCAGACGCUGCACCGGACCUGCCCCGGCAGGAGGAGCUGCCUGGGCCAGAACCCGCUCUCUGACACACUGACCUCCACCUCCAGCCUCGCUAUGAAUACGCUUCGACAGUAUUAGAGCGCUUUGACUUCAGCUGCUUUGUGACUUGGCACGGCUCGACAGACAUUCGCUUGGCUCCGGGGAAGUUUAAGAAGUCUUCAAGAAGUUAAAGAUGGUCAAAUUAGCAAUUGACAAACCGAAACGGGUUUAGAAACUCCACUUUCUCGGAUUUAAAAGGUAAUUUGACCCUUUUAAAGCAAAUUCAGAGCGAGAAACACACCUUCCAAAUGAGGGACUUCAGCCACACCUGCUAUAAACAGAUGAUCAUGGGCUUCAGUGGUUUCAGGAGGCGAUGACUCACAUCAUUAUCCAGACAUCAUUACACAUAAUUAUCGACUUUGGUGAUGUGUGUUUCAGCCGCUGAGACGCAUUCUGCACUAAAUCUCAGAUUGCAGUCGACUUCGUGAGGCGAACGUGGCGAAGUCCAGCGCCGAGCGGCAGCAGCUCCGUUCAAAUAAUAACACACUUCUGCCAACGCCGUGAAACAGGCGCACAACACGAAGCGCCUCUGUGGCCUGUGAAGAGACGGAGGAGCCGCAGACGUGGAACGGCCUGAACCCCUGGAAGUCCUGGAUGAACCCGGCUUACUCAGACCCAGAACCUACAGCGCGAGGCCACGGUGGCUCUGUGCCCUCCGCCAGCGCCAAAAUAAGUAACCGACUGAAUCCACACUCACAUUCAGGCUCCUGCGUAUUUUGUCAUGUGUUGACAGAGGGCUGGACGGAUCGGGACUUUCAUACGGUCCACUGUGCGCGUGUGCCGACCACGGCUCAUCAGCGAUGUCACGCGUCUGACUUUACUCUUCUGCUUCGCGUUGUGAUAAAACAAUGAGGCUUCCAGAGACUUGAACCGGGUCACAGACUAAAAGGCCACUUUACAAACUGGGUUCUUUCCAGGAACGACAAAUCAUUUUUCAUCAUUUCUGCUUUUUGGCAAAUAAUAAACAUUCUAAAGUUGCCUAAGUGUUUUAUACUAUAUAUACAUAUAUUUGAACUGUUCUGUGUCUCACCUAGCAGAGAUUGACUUGUUGCCAUAUUUAGGAUUUUUAUAACUGAAUAGUAUUGUUUUGUUUUGACGUUUUAACCCGUCUGUUCCUCUUCCUGAGUUGUGGCAUGACUUUAACCUUUGCAGCGGGUUCAGCCCAACACGGGCUGGAUUGUGUAACAGAAAUGUCGCCGUCUUCUGUUUGAACAGAGAACAGCCGGGCCUCAUGGGCUCGGCUCCGUGGGCUCGGCUGCGUGGGUUCGGCCUCCGGUGCCGCUGUGAUGCCCACAGAUCUCUAUCUUCUGUUUGCUCCUGUGUUCGGUUCCGGCUCUGCGACUAAUGUGUCGUGUUUAUCGUCUCCUGGAGAGCUGCGUGUCGACGGAACCGCCGGCGUGGCGUGACAUCCUGACUGGACCUGACCAGGAUUCGACACGGACCAUGAGGUGCACGUGAGACGGACAGAAGCCCUUUGCAUUUCACAUUUCUGGGUCGAGUGAAGGACCAGAGUCAUUGAGUCUGACGCCGUACAGGCCGGAGGGGUGGGUGGGGAGCGCUGUACACACACUCCCUCCACUCUAGGUCAAAGGCAGGGUUUAUGCAGCACGCUGCUGUGCGUGUUUGCGAGCGAGCGGGGGUCCAUAACAUCCACAGCAGACUUCUCUCUCCGGGACAGUGGGACCCAGUGUGACACGGAGCAAAGCGCUCCACCGUGGGAUAAGUACAGGUUGAAUAUAGCAAGGGGUAGUUAAGUGGAAAGGACUAACAGAUGCUGGGGCUAGUUUACUCAGGGGGGGAGGGAGCCGCACCACAGGCCGAGCAGCAGAACCCCAACAAACACACUCAGAGCGAGCGAAGGAGGCCGCGCUCUCGCUGCGGCUUGGAGAAAAAACAUUUACUGCGACGACUGGAGAGCACUUUGUAUCUCUUUAAGCUAUUUUAACAACAGAAGAAGCUUGGAGAAAAAUCUGACGCCUCGGUAAAGACGGACAACAGCUCAGCGCCGUGUCAGUAAAGGCUCAGUUCACCCAAAAAGCGGAAAACGUCACGCGUCUGUAGAGGCUUCUAGAUGUGGACACUUUCAGGUUCUUUCCUGCAGAAUGUAAACACAAACACUAACUCAGCUGUUUGCACUGGGACAUUUAAUUUCAAUGAAUUGUCCCUUACAGCUACAAACAAUGAAAACCACAGUCAAAAGUACCAGUUUAACAUCAAUAUAUGUAAAACUCCUACAUCCUUCAAAUCUAUAAACAGGUCAUCAAACUUAAAGCAAACAUGGCAUACAGAGAGAAGGCUCCUGUUUUCAUAUGUUGAUUAUUACUGAUACUUUAAUUAGAAACGUUCUUGGAGAUUGAUUAUGCAGGUUUGGGUAUAUUACAUUUUUUGCUGCUGAUCAUGUGACAAGAACAAAAAAAGAUACAAUAAAUAAAUCAAAUGACCAGAACGCGUCGACGUCAGCCUGACCACACAACACAACACGAUAAACAGAGUAUGUACAGCACCAUCAUCAUCAUCAUCAUCAUACAAUCGUCACUAUUAGAAUCCAGAUUUUUAUAAAAUUUGGUGAUUUAACAAGCAACAAUUUCAAUGUUUGUCUGAAAUGUGAAGUUUAGCAUGAAGUCAAAUGCAGUUAAAUGUGUAGAGUGAAAAACAUUUUCUCUUACUUACCGUCAGAGCUUCAUUGGUCUCACACAAACACAGACACAGACCAACCUGUAGAUGCUGUGUUUAAAUGCUCAUCUGCACGCUACAGUUUCAGUGUCCACCACAGAUGCUGUUUCACUGGUAACCAUCAGAUUCACAAAAACCCCAAACCGUGUUUUUACCCCAACUGGAUGGUCCAGACGAAUAUAGCCGAGCUUGUUGUGUUCACAGCCCUGAAAACACUCAACAAUAAUGUGUUUGGCACAAACAAAUUGUU